UUAACAUCCGGUUUCAUUUUAGGCCGGUUGGGCACCUGUCUCUCUGAGAGAUGACGACUAUUCGUCCGUUUACUUGUGACGACUUAUUUAGAUUUAAUAAUGUGAAUUUAGAUCCGCUGACAGAAACUUAUGGCUUGCCAUUUUAUAUGCAGUAUCUUGCUCACUGGCCAGAGUACUUCCAAGUGGCAGAAUCUCCGGCUGGACAAAUAAUGGGAUACAUAAUGGGUAAAGCAGAGGGGUCAGCUGAUUUAUGGCAUGGUCAUGUAACUGCGUUAUCAGUGGCACCAGAAUAUAGACGGCUUGGUCUUGCAGCUAAAUUGAUGAAUAUCUUGGAGGAAAUUUCUGAAAAAAAACGAUGUUUCUUUGUGGAUUUAUUUGUAAGAGUUUCAAACAAAGUUGCCGUAGACAUGUACAACAAGCUAGGAUAUACAGUUUAUAGAACAGUACUUGAAUAUUACUCAGGAGAAGUGGAUGAAGACGCUUAUGAUAUGAGAAAAGCGUUAUCUAGAGAUACAGAGAAGAAAUCGGUGAUUCCGUUGGCACACCCUGUUCGUCCAGAGGAGUUGGAUUGACCAUGAGCCAGGUGAACUAUGAUGGAAACGAGUUGCUAUGGUUACUUACAGUUGUCAGUCUGUGUUUCACUGCAGUGGUAAUAACUCUAAUUUUGUCGUUAGUGAUGUCAGAGAGCAGCAUGGCUGACAGAGACUUGUAGCAGAGAAUGUGUGACCAUUCAACAAAACAGUCUAAUAUUCAAACUACAUAUUUGAUAACAAGAGCUGCAGUUGAAUUAUUUCUGAUUGACCCACCAUUUUUUGAAAAAUGUCAUGUUCAUUUGUACAAAGAACAUCUAUUCAUUAACAGUAAAUUGAAGGAAUUUGAUUUCUCUACAUAUUCUAUGCCUACUUCUGGAACAAACCCUUACCAUAUAUUAAGGAUUCUCUUAGUGAGGGUUUCCUUAAUAUUAUGGCCAUUAAAACCAGCAGGUAAAAUUUUACUGAAAUUGUUUAUUCACAAUUGGUAAACAGGUAAGGGCGUGGGAUUUGUAUGAGUUGAAAAUUUGAUUUCUAUGAUUAUGGUUGUCAACAGUAAAAUGAUCUGUCUUAGUUCAAAACAUUUUUAAUUCUAAAAUAGAAUUUAUACACUGUGUGAUCUUCUAAGCAUUGAAAAAAAGUUAUGAGCAGUAAUUAAGAUAAUGAAAUCAAUUGUGUUUCUUUAUACAACAUUGUAAUGAUUGCAAACAAUUAUGUUGCUCCUAUAAAGUUGCUGAUGUACCAUUGUCAGUUUUUCAAUAUCAAAUUUACCAACCUAGAAUCUUGUAUCCAUCAUUUUUCACCUGGAGAUUAUUUUUAAUUUGGAAUAAAUUAUUACUUUUAAA